UUCGUGACGUCACGCCGGAAGUGGGUCAAGUCGCGGACAUGAUGCACGGAGCCCUGAGGCGCUGGGCCACGCUGGGCGGCACGGCGCUGUCCGUGGCGUUGGGCACUGUCCUCGGCACGUGGCUGGAGCGGCGGAGACGGCGCACAGGGCACGGGAGCGUGGACGCAGGGCCCACGGGCUCCACCGCCUCCCUCUGGGAUGACCUCUGGCAGUGCUCGGUGCUCCCCGUGCCCAGCGUUCACGCGGCAACCAUUGGCGGUGGGCAGCUGGCAAGCCGCACCGCGGCGGAGCUGUCCACGUUUGGGCUGCCCGGCGUGGCGCAGCUGCGCUCCCGCACCGCCUACUUGGUGUCGUACGACGCGCGUACGCGCACGCCCGCCUGGGUGCUGGAGAAACUCGACUCGGCCGGCCUGCGGGGAGACGCCACGAGGCAGGACUGCGAGUUCCUCGAGGACGAGAGCGUGCACGCAUUCCACCGCGCCACCAACAUCGACUUCCGAGGUAGCGGCUACGACCGGGGACACAUGGCGGCCGCGGCUAACCACAAGGCAUCGCGCGAGGCCAUGCGGGACACCUUCCUGCUCACCAACAUUGUGCCACAGAACCCUCAGAUGAACCAAAACGCGUGGAAUGACCUGGAGCAGUACUGCCGCGGCCUUACCAAGCAGUACGCACACGUCUACGUGUGUACUGGGCCUCUCUACCUGCCCAGGAGGGAGGUGGAUGGCAAGACCUACGUGCGCUACGAGGUGAUCGGGCCCAACACGGUGGCCGUGCCCACGCACCUGUUCAAGUUGCUCAUCCUGCAGAAGAACGCGGAGGGGGGCGACGUGGAGCUGCGCGCGUUCGUGAUGCCCAACGAGCCGAUCCCGAGCAGCGUGCCGCGCGAGCGCUUUCUCGUGCCGCUCGAGAGCCUGGAGCGGGCGUCGGGCUUCCUGUUCCAGCCCAACAUCGAGCGCCGGCUCAGGGGCGGCGCCAGGGUCAUCUCCGCCCUGGGCCAGUCGGGCCAGGGGCAGCUGCCCGCUCUGAAGCCGCCGCCCCCCGAGGUGUGAGGGUGGCGGGCGAUCCCCCCGGGCGGCGGCGGCGGCGGCGGCUCCUGGCUCAGGACCGGGCGGCACCACCGAGUCUCCUCCCGGUUCCAAACGAAGCUCAGCUGGUCUCGUACGAUGGUGGAGGCACCACUAUGGGAGUGUGGGAAUUUCCACCGACCCCCCCACCCACCCCCCCCCCCCCAUGCCACCGUGGGUGAACUGGGCGGGAGUAGACGCCAACCUGGUUGAGGAUUUUCCACGGUGCCCUUGCGUGCGACGUCGAUGACUGUCGCUCUGCGAGGAGGGAUGGAGAUGGGCGCGGCGCCCGGAGGGGAACGCACGCCGAGACGACGCGAGGUCACGGGGUCGCCAGCCCACAUGCUGUACUGCCAUCUGCUGGCCACCUCGCAGGGAUGUUCCCCGGGGGGUGCGCCAACCCCGCCUGCAGAACUACUACAGUUGAAAUGAUACUGGUAGGAACGAAGUUGUAAACUGAGUGUACCAGCCUGCAAUAGA